UGAGCUGACUGAGUACAUUCUGUCUUCCUCUCUCAAGGAGCUGAGAAGUUUUCGAGAUGGCGUUCAAUGGAAAAUACGAGCUUGUGUCACAAGAAAACUUUGAAGCUUUCAUGAAAGCUAUUGGUCUGCCUGAUGACUUGAUAGAGAAGGGGAAAGACAUUAAGAGUGUCACAGAGAUGGUGCAGAAUGGAAACCACUUUAUUGUCACAGUGACCACAGGCUCCAAGGUUCUACGUAAUGAGUUUACUGUGGGCCAGGAGGCUGAGCUGGAAACCCUUUCAGGAGAGAAGGUCAAGUCUAUCGUUCAACUGGAAGGGAACAAGUUAACUGUGAACCUUAAAGGAAUUAAUUCCGUCACUGAACUUGUUGGAGAUACAAUCACCAACGUGAUGACCGUGAAAGACAUCGUCUACAAGAGGACCAGUAAGCGAAUUUAAGAGAAGAGGAAGUUAUUGUUACU